AUGGCUGAUGUUCCCAUAGCUGUUGACUGGAGGAGCCACCCAUUCAUCCUGCCUCCGCUGGAUCAAAGACGCUGUGAAUGCUGCUGGGCAUUAGCAACCGCAGCAUCUAUCGAGGGCCUUUAUGGGAUCCGGACUGGUCUAUCCCUCCAGCUUUCUGCCCAGCUGCUGGUGGACUGUGAUGACACCAAUCGCGGCUGCCGGGGAGGUUCCCCGCGGAAGGCCUUCAAAUGGAUCAUCAAGAACGGUGGAAUUUCAAAGGAGGAGGACUACCCUUUCACUGCUCAGCAGGGUGAAUGCAAUGAGUCCAAGAAAAAGAACCAUGCUGUCAGUAUCUCUGGAUACACGGCAGUCGGCAAGACAGAGGCUGAUCUGAUGAAGGCUGUGGCAGCCCAGCCUGUCGUGGCUGGGCUCGCCUUGGAGAAGGAUAAUGCCUACAUGAAGUACAAGGGGGGCAUCUUCGAGGGUCCUUGUGGACCUUACCUGCAUGCAGUCACUGUCAUCGGCAUUGGAUAG